UACUGCAUGGAUCCUGAAGGCUGCUUUGUCCUCAGCAAAAGCUCAGCGAAGGAACUUAACUGGGUGUGGGUGCCUGUCUGCUGCUGCAAGUAUCCCGCUGAAGGUGCUGUCAGAGGGGAAUUGAUCUCUUUUGCCUGGGCUCUUGGCGCUGGACAGCAAUGAGAGAGGAGAAAUGAUAAUCCAUGAAGCUGAUGCUGUAGAGAGACACAGCCUGAGAGCGUCUGAAGAGACAGAAGCUGCCCAUAGAGGCAAGAAAACCCAUGACUUGCGAACACCUUUUCCCAGCAUAAGAAAGGCAGGGGGUCACCCAAAUUAUUGCUGUAGAAGAAUCGCGCCAAAGCGCACCAUCUUAAUUGAAUCUAUCAUCAUCAUCAUCCUUCUCCUCCUCUUCCUCCCCCUCAUUAUUGUUCUUGCUGUCUGGAGAGGUGGGGAAUCCAACCAGACUUGCCCUGAUGCGAAUAACUCUGCUGUUUUGGGACCAGCAUGCCCAGAUGGCUGGGUUGGCUAUGAAAGGAAGUGCUACUUUUUCUCAGAAGAAGAAAGAAACUGGACUUCCGCCCAGAGCUUUUGCAUUUCCCAGGGCUCUUCUCUGGCUGCGAUUCAGAGUGAGCUGGAAAGGGUGUUCAUGCUCCGGUUCAAGGGCGAAGCUGACCAUUGGAUUGGCCUCCGGAAGGACUUCAAUGACACCUGGAUAUGGGCAGAUGGAUCAGAAUACAGUAACACGUUGGUGGUGAAAGGAAGCGAAAACUGUACAUCUCUAAGUAAGGAAUUUGUCAUUGCCUCCCGUUGCCACAUACCAACAAAGUGGAUCUGCAAUCACCCUGAUGCGUAUGUGAGGAAUAAAAACUCUACAGCAGGAAAAGUCAUAUGCCAAGAGGAAUUAUGAUUGUUAUUAGAGUUCCGAAUAGGACCACAUUUCCUUGGAAAGAACAUUAUACCCUGAGGACAUGAGUCAAUAUCUGUGCAGCAUGUGUAAAUUUCAGUUUAGUGUUACCUUGU